AUGUAUAGACCGCAUAGUCAUCUGUCUGACUCUUCGUACAUUCGCCUUGCUCGAUCACUAAAAUCAUGCAAAAGUUAUGAUACUGUUAAACGUUUACUAGAGUUUUGCCCUACGUGUGAACCUAAUGGAGGAUAUCUUCUGGACGGCCAAGCCCAGUGUUCGAUUAUAAGUCUCGGAGUAUUCCUGGUCGAGUCAAACCUGAGGUUUGUUGACAAGUUGUUACCCAUUGUGCUCAAUGUGUUACGAAAAUUGCACAAAAGCUACUUGAUAGAUAAUAUUAUCUCUUCUGACUUUCAAAAGCUUCCACAAGCUGAAUGUUUUAGUUUCGCUCUUUCUAGUCUACUGACUCAAAUCGCUAUUUUAGAUUCAACUCGUUCAGAAACGAUCAUUUCUGGUAUUUUGGAUUCUGCAAGUAAUAUCAUUGAUCAAAUAAAUGAAUUAUUGCAGCAGCCCUUGGAUCGUUUCGCAGCUGUUUCAGCUUUUCUUCGGCAGCCACGCGCCCGAAAUACUUCACCUGACGCUGUUAAAUUUCAAAGCCAACAGCUAGCAGCUGAACGACUGUGUACCUUCCUUGCUCCUACUCUUAUCGGCCUUUUGAGGGGAGCUGCUCGUGGCGUUGGACAUGUGACUUUUUCCACGGAUUCUCACGAACAAAAUUCGUCUGCAGUGAUACCCCAGCUGUACCGGUCUACAAAAUCUGUUAACUAUGCAGACAAAAUUAGAUCGCGAACUUAUAACAUCAGUUGUCCUCAUAAACUAACAGAAGCCACCUACGAAUUCACCCUCAGUGUUUAUCCUUCUUUUUGUUGCAUAAUACCUCAUUCCCUCUCUCAUUCACUACUGAUGGGUACUGGUGAUAGGUGUUUGGACACAACAAAUUCAGAUAAAUUAUCAGAUACUGAAGUUUGUGACUUGUCAAGUGAUCAUAACUGGAGUUGUUCAUGGUUCAGUCCUAAUGGAAGUGAAUACUUACUUGGUCAGGUUGCAUCUGUGUACGCAUCUCAUCUUCCACAUCGUGCUGUAAUGAGUGAGGAUCACGUGGCUUGUGAUGUUGUAACAUUUUCGGAGUAUCUGACAUCUUCUAGUCGUUCUAACAAUUUGGCCGUCACAAUAUUUACAUCAAGUCAAUUAAGGUCUCUUUUAAAAAUGGCUUAUCAAUUAAUGAAUGAACGAUUUGCCAAACGUUUAGACUCAUUAGCAUUUAAUUUUUGGCCGUAUCGACCUAAAACUGGUCGUUAUCCUUAUCGAUCAUUUGUUCAUUGUUUAAGAUUAUGUUGUCUUUUGCUAAUACGGGAUAUUUUUUAUAAUCCUAAACAAGAAAUCAGUGAUAAAUUGUCAUCUACUGUACAUAAUUUCAUGCUUGAAGUCUACGCAUCAUGUUUAACUGACGUGGCAUAUUUAUCCGCAGAAGCAGCUGGUUUUCGUCCAUUAUCACCAGAAGUUGAAAAUAAACCAAAGUCUUCAUCAGAUGAAACCACACUACCUAUGAAUAAUGUUCGACCUCAUUUUUCUAAUCCUGAUGAUGAAAAUGAUACUGACGAUAAUAGGGUUAAUGGAACAGAGAGUGAAAAUCCGAAAGUGUUUGAUUCUAGGAAUAAUUUAAAAUCAUGUAGAGAAAAUGGUGCAUUUAAAGAGACUUUGUCAAAUAAGCUGUACAAUGGACAUUCGAACAAUAAUAAACAGCCACUUGGUGAAACCCAUAACUUAGAUGAGAGUGAUGAAAAUGUGAUUAUUAUUAAAUCGAAGUCCCCUCGAUCAGUGAUAUCUUCAACUACUACCAUACCGACAGAAUCAAAAGUUAUUUAUGAAAAAUCAGCAAAUAUUGGAUCAAAUCUAAUUAACACUAAUAUUGUUAGUGUGAGUCGUGAUAAUGACCCACCCUCAUCUUCAGCAGCAUCGGUUUCGUCUUCCAUGAAACCAAAGAAAAGUGUAUCACAAAGUGCCAAUAUUAACAGUACCACUAUAACAACUACGACAACAUCAUCCGACGGUCGAACUGAUAAUUCAACGAAUGCAUUGUUUGCGUUCGAUUUGGUCACAGCAUCAACAGCUGUCUGUAUACAAAUAUUAACUAAAUCAAUCAAAGAUAUGGCAGAUUCUGAAAGUUUUUUAAUUCGUUUAUUGGAUCGUAUUACAAAAGGCAUUGAUUUAAAAUUUAUUAUUCAAUCAGAUCGUGUACUUGAUUCAACAUUUGUACCAACAUUAAAAAGUUCCACUACUAACACUUCUACUAUACCAUCAUUAUGGGGUGUACAAAAUUUACGUGGACAUUUUACAAUACCACAACGUCGUAUAUCAACAGCUAUACCACAGAGUGGAGGUUAUAAACCAAUGAAUAAUUUCUAUUUAACUAAUUAUAAUGUAACAUCAACAUCGGUUAAUUCUAAUUCUGCUAUUAUGAAUAGUAUAUUAAAUAAUUAUAAAACAAAACAGAAACCACGUUUUGCACAUUUAGUAUGUAGUGUUGGUUUAUUAGUUGUUGUAUUAGAUAGUGUUGGUCAAUUAACACAACGUUUUCCACAUUUAGGCAAAGCUAGUUUAGAUGCUUUAAUUAGUUUUUUAUUGGAUCCAAGUCCUGUAUUAAGUCGAUUGAAUAGACAAAUUGAUAGAUUACAACAUUCAAAAUCUGGUAUUAUGGUUCUAAUUGAAACAAUGAAGAAGACCAAUUCAAGUUGUUCAUUUGUUAAUUAUGAGACCCAAUUAAUUGAAUUAUCUAGAAUUGAACGACAUUUAACUUAUUAUAAUCGUAUAUUGGAACACGUACGUGGUGCUGCAAUUGAAAGUCUUUGUCGCAUCCUACUACUUACUCCCAGUUUUAUUGAAACAUUUCUAGCGGAUUUAUCAUGUCGAAUAUUCAAUGCUGCGGAAAGUGAUCGAGAUGUCAAUUUGAUGUAUUUAAAUGCUGUUUAUUGCCUUGGUCACAUGGGUGUUGUACUAGCACAAAUGCCACAUACACAAGAAUUAAUUUUACAAUUUCUUCAACAAAAUUUAAAUCCAGCUAAACUGUUACCUCAAUUAGAAAUUAAAUCAAUGGAACAAUUAGGUUGUAUGGUGAUUGGUGGAUCGUCAGUUGUUUAUGAUCAAAUUAUGGAUAUACUAACUGCAAUUCGUGUUCGUAGUACCCGUGAAAUGGCUUUAAAUCCACAAAUGAAAAACUCUAGAUUAAGACAGUUAUCCGAAGCUAUGAUUAAUGUGUUUGCUAAUAUAUCAACUUUUGUUCAAGGUCAACCGAAACUGUACAAAUUAUUACAUCGUCUUUUAGAGCAUUAUGUUCAUGUUGAUAUGGAAUUAGAUCAAGACUCGAAAUCGACCAGUAUUCUUACAAUAGCAGCUCAUGGUCUUGGACAACUUAUUCCUGUGAUUGCAAUCUUAUUAAAACGUUUAUCAUCAAUACAAAAUCCAAAUCAACGUUUACAAAAAUUAUUUCGAGAAUUUUGGUUAUCUGUUACAGUGAUGGGAUUUGCUGAUCCAAAUUCAACAAUAUGGCCUGUAGAAUACUAUCGUGGUCUUUGUGAAAUUGCUAUAAAAUCUCCAGUUCUUCUUUUAAAUGAUUCCUUACGAGCUGAACUACAACAAAGCUCUGCAUUAAGCCCUCGGAAUUUAUCACAAAUUGAUGUAACUGAUAUACGCAAUAAAUUAUGCAUUUUAUUGGAUAAUAAUACUGAAACAACUUCAUUAAUUAAUCGAAUGAGUGUUACUCAAUGUAUUUAUUUAAUGGCAGUCUACAGACUCGAAUCAUUGUGUAUUGGUCAUUCAUCUGAUCCUGAAGCAUUGCAUCGUUUGUUCAUGUAUUUAGAAGAUAAUAUCAUUAUAAAGGAUAAAUUUGGUAUGUGGACUUGUAUUUCUCAAGUGGCUGUACGGAUAUUUACACGUUAUCUUGCUCAAAUGAAAGCCAAGCCAUUAGAUAUUGUACGUGAAUCAAUUAUGGAUAUGCAUGCUCAAUUCUUGUUGGUCAUGUUUACACGUAUACAUAAAAGUUUACGUAUUGUAGCUGACGAGUUUCUUAGUAUGUUAGCUAAAGAUUUUCCUCAUGUUAUGUGGAGUGGACGUGUUCUAUUCACAAUGUUAGAUGUUGCUCAAUUAUUAUCACAAUCAUUAGAAGUGGAUCCUAAUCUGACUGCACCAGUUUAUAAUGUUCCUGGGACAAAUUUCAAAUUGUUUACUUCCGAUAGUCUACCAGCUAGAGAGAAAAUGUUAACUGAUUUUGUUAAACGUUGUAAAGGAAUUAUUGAAGUUGGUUUACAAUGGGCACCAAAUUUAGUGCGUUCACAUUUAAUUAAUUAUAUGCUAGAAAUACAACAUCCAUCUACAGACUUACCACAACAUACUGGUUUAGCAUUGGCUACAGAAUCUGUAUUAAAUUAUGCCGGAUAUAAUCGUUCAGCAUCUUUCUUAGGGACAAGUGCACUUGAUAAACGUCCAACUUGUGCAAAAAUGGAUUCAUCAAAUUUUAUGUAUAAUUUAAUCUUACGUAAUCGUUAUUUGGGUGAAGCAUCAGGAAUGUUACGUUAUUCUGAUGAUCCAAUGAAACUGGUGAAUAAAAUGAGUAAAGAUUUAGAAAUUGCAUGUCAUAAUGCUUCACGUCUGUCUAAAACGCUUACUAAUCUAGAAGAAUCACAGCCAAAGUCAAAACAACAACAGUUAUUGAAAUCAUCUUUGAGUAGUAGUAAUAAUAAUACAAGUAAUAAUCAAUUAGUCAAUGAAACCACUGAACAGAUUAAACGAUUACAAAAUCAAAAAUCCAUUGCAUUGGAUGUUGUACAAGCAUGUUUAUUUCGUAUGACAGCUUUAUUAGUGAUGCAUAAAUCACAAAACCAUGAUCCUAUGAUGAAUAAAACUAAUUUAACUGGACAAGAUCUUAUUGUUGGUGAUGCUGAUGAUAACAAUGAUGAGGAGGAGGAAGAAUGUCAAGAGGAGGAAGAUAACGAUGAAUAUGACGGUGACUCUGACGAUGACGAUGACAGUGAUGAUAAUGAUGAUGAUGACGACUUAGAUGGUGAUGAAGAUAAUGAAGAUGAGGAUAGAUCAUCUGAACGACAGAAACGCCAUUAUCCCCAUCGUCGUAAAUUUCAUCAUCAUCUUCAAUAUGGUGGGUCAGUUAUGAAACGACUAUUGCUUAAACCAAAACGAUCAGUUUCUCGAUUGAAUAAUCCCAACACUACAAACUUUCCCGUUCCUCCAGUGACAACAACAACAAUGACAGUAUCAACAACCGGUAAUCCUAAUUCUUCAUGUCAUUUAAUCAAUGAUACAAAAAAUCCUACAACUAUUGAUAUCACAAGUACAACAAUAACAUCAUCAAGAAAAAAAUUGUAUGUUAUGAAAGGUGAUACAGCAAGGCGUUUAUUACAAGAAAUAUGUCAUUCACCAUUAAGAUUAUUUACUACAGAAAUGUUAGAAAAUGCUUUAGCAUGUUGGCAAUGGUUAAUUGUUGGUAGACCGGAGUUAACUAUUCAGCUUUUGAACGAAUUGAGUGAUGCUUGGCAAAUAACCAUUCAUCGACGUCUUGGAGUAUUCUCUGUACAUAAUGCCGAUGAUGGCGAAGUUUUACCAUUAAUUGUAUCAGAUCAAAUAAAGUAUAGCCCACCAAAAUGUAACACUGGUCCCCAUCAGUUAUGGUCACAGUUUUUCAGUGAACGUCUAUAUGUUGCACAAUCAUCAAGUCAAGAACAGUUAGAUAUAUUUUUUGAUUUAUUACAAAAAACUCUAGCAGGAGAAAUUGCUUCAUUAAAUAAAAGUAUACAUACAGUACAAAAUUCUUCGGAAACUUCAAAAAACUCACAAAAACCUCAUUCUCGUCGUCAUGAUCAUCCAUCUUCAAUUAUAAGAGGACGUUUAACUAAUAAUGUAGCUGCAUUAGGUGUACGUUGUCGUCUAGUUGAAAUGUGUCUUAGUUUAUUACAAAAUACUGGAUUUAAAUCAAAUUAUUCUGGAGGUCAAGGAAUAUCAACUGAUGAAUUAUCUAGUCAUGUUGGUGGUGUAAUGACAGCUGCGACAAUAACAACAGGAACUGGUGGUGGAGUAGGUAGCAGUGGUGGAAGUGUUGUUAGUGCUGGAGGAAGAACUGGUGGAAGUAGUGGAAGUCAAGGUCAAAUAGAUACAGGAUGUUUAUUUCCUUUAGCUAGAAUCGCUCUUCGAGAGAAAGCUUAUGCAACUAUAUUGAAUUAUUUCACAGUAAAACCACAAUAUCCCAUCAAACAUGAUGCCGAUUUAUCUGAUGAAUUGAAGGCAUUAAGUCGACUAUGGAGUUUGAUGCAAGCUGAACGUAAAUAUUUAAAUACUAGUAUGAUUGAAACAGAAAUGGAUGCGUUGUUAGAGGCUGUUGGUCGUGGUGGUUUCAUAGUUGGUAGUGAUUUUGACUAUGGAGCUGUUUAUCUUUCGGAUCAGAUGACAGUUAAUACACCAGAAUCUAUCGCUGUCGGUGGUGGCGUUGUUGGUGCUUCGAUUGGUUCGUCAGGUUUUCCUACGAAUCCUAUGUCAACUGUAACAACAACGUAUCACACUACAAGUUCUUCACCAAAUAUACGACAUGUGAAUUCAAAUGUAUUUACUGAAUCAUGGAUUACUUCCAAUGUAACAACAAUGACAACUACUAGUAUUACCAGUGGUGGAGCUACACUUCCAAGACUGCGUUCACAGGUUAUGCUGUUAACGGAUCAACCAUUAGAACGUCCUGGUGUUGGCUCACUUAUUCUACCGUCAGCUUUGAAUUCUACAACUUCACCAACAUUACAAAAUGCGGCUGUUCUAGCUGGAACUAAUAUUGCUCAUUCGGUUGUCUCAAAACGGUCCUCAGCUACUGGAGGUAAACAAAGUGCCAGAACCAAUGGAGAGAAUUAUUUGAAGCAAAUAUUUUUACAGAAACGUGAAUUGAUUUUAAUCCUAUUGGCUUCAGAAAUUGAACGACUUUCAGUAUGGUUUAAUCCACAAGGUUUAUCUGAUCGUAUUGGAAUUAGAGAAGCUGAAGUUGAAACUUGGCUUCGUGAAACAUUACGUAAAAAAUCCUGGCGUAGAUGGAUAUCAUUAGCAUGGGAUUUAUGUCCACCAGUAGCUGUCUACAUGCCACAAAGAUUUACUGGUUCAGAUGAACUACGUCGUGAAGUGUCAUUAUUUGUAACAGCCAAUCCAUUGCUUGUAACUCAUAUCCCAGCUGCUUUACAAUAUUUAGCUACUUCAAGUAAUAUUGAAGACGGACGUCCUGAAUUAUCCCAUAUACUAACAUGGUCACCUGUUGCACCGGUCGUUGCUUUAUCAUUCUUUUCACGUAUGUAUCCUCAACAUCCAUUAACACAUCAAUAUGCUGUACGUGUAUUAUCUGAUUAUCCAUCGGAAACAAUGUUAUUCUAUGUUCCACAAUUUGUUCAAGGUAUUCGUUAUGAUAAAUUAGGUUAUUUAUCUGAAUCAAUUGUAACUUUAGCUAAACGAUCACCAUUAUUAGCGCAUCAAUUAUUAUGGAAUAUGAAAACAAAUAUAUAUCGUGAUGAAGAAAGUUUAAAAUUUGAUAAUGAAAUUGGUAAUCAUUUAUUAGCAUUAUCAAGUAUAAUACAAAAUAAUUUCAAUGGGCCAACUUUAGCAUUUUAUCAAAGAGAAUUUGAAUUUUUCGAUCAAAUCACAUCAGUUUCAGCGAAAAUUCGAUCAUACCCUAAAGGUGAAGCACGUAAAAAGGCUUGUUUAGAGGCAUUACGUGAAGUGAAUGUGAAACCUGGUUGUUAUUUACCAUCGAAUCCAGAUUCUGUUGUAUUAGAAAUUGACUAUAUGUCUGGUACACCAAUGCAAUCAGCAGCAAAAGCUCCAUUCUUAGCACGAUUCAAGGUUCGUCGAGUCGGUGUUCAAAAUUUAGAAACUGAGGCUAUCAAUGCAGCUAAAGAGGCGAAAAAUCUUACAACUAUACCUGACGAUCCUUCAUCUCAACAUAUGCAUCAUCAUCGUGAUUCCAUAGAUGGCAUUAAUCCAGUUGUGAAAAUGCUUUCCCAGGCAGGAAUAAAAUACAGACGACGUAAUAGUCAUCAUGAAUCACCGAAUAGCCCAUCUAGACAAACUCUAGCAUCAGUUCCUCAUAAAUACAGUACAGUUGCAUCACGUGCUAAUAAAAUUCGUCAACCUACCGCAAGUGGUGGCAGCACAACGAAUCCCACAGAUGAUAAACAACUAACUACAUCCACGAAAUUAGGUCAUGUAUUCAUGCAAGCCUGUAUUUUCAAAGUUGGAGAUGAUGUUCGUCAAGAUAUAUUGGCAUUACAAAUUUUACAAUUAUUUAAAAAUAUAUUUGAAAGAUGUGGAUUGGAAUUAUUUGUUUAUCCGUAUAAAGUUGUUGCAACUGCACCAGGACGUGGUGUCAUUGAAUGUGUACCAGAUAGUAAGUCACGUGAUCAAAUUGGACGUCAAAUUGAUGGCAAAUUAUAUGAAUACUUUUUAAGUAUAUAUGGUGAUGAAACUAAUCCCAGUUACCAAACGGCUCGUCGAAAUUUUACAUUAAGUUUAGCUGCCUACAGUGUAUUUCUUUAUUUAAUACAAAUUAAAGAUCGUCAUAAUGGUAAUAUUAUGAUUGAUAAAGUUGGUCAUAUUAUACAUAUAGAUUUUGGUUUCAUGUUAGAAAGUAGUCCUGGUGGUAAUUUAGGCUGGGAAAGUGAUAUGAAAUUAAGUAAAGAAAUGUUUAUGAUUAUGGGUGGUCGUAUGGAUAGUCCAUCAUAUUUAUGGUUUGAACAUUUAUCUAUACAAGCAUAUCUUGCAUUAAGACCAUAUCAAGAAUGUAUUGUAUCAUUGAUUUCAUUAAUGUUAGAUAGUGGUUUACCAUGUUUUCGUGGACAAACUAUUAAAUUAUUAAGACAACGUUUUGCACCACAAUUAUCUGAUCGUGAAGCAGCUGCAUCAUAUUUACGUAUUAUACGUACAUGUCUUGCACAUUGGCGUGAUAAAUCAUAUGAUGUUUUACAAUAUAUGCAAAAUCAAAUACCUUAUUAAAAUUGUUCUUAAUUCAUUCUCAACAACAUGUAUGUAUGUAUGUAUGUAUG